AUGGACUCUAGAGCAGAUCAAACUCAUGCACAUGGGUACGAUGAACAUCAUCAUAAUUCCCACAAUGUUGGGUUACAAGAAGGGGCACGGGGUGAUGAAGAGCACCAUCAUGACCCUGAGAAGAAGUCGGUUAUGAAGAAAGUCAAGGCAAAGGCUAAGAAAAUUAAGGACACAAUCACGAAGCAUGGUCAUCAUGACCAUGAACAUGGUCAUGAGUAUCAUUAUGAUGAUCAACAUAUCCCUGAUGAUCAUGACUUGGAUGAGGAAGAUGACGAGGAUGAAGAUAUGGUUGAAAACCCAGAAGUCCAUGGAGCACCAAUUUAUGACAGUUCUGCUGCUAGAAGUGCCACUGCCACACCAGGGCAAAUCAAAACUUUAGGGACACCUGGGGUUAAUUUCGGAGGUAGAAAAAUUAUGGGAGAAGAACCUCAUCACGAGCCUCGACUUGUCGUUGUUUCUCCAACUAGUGGAAUUAAUCAAAGCAAACCCACUGACCCAACUAGAACAUUUGUUGGGGGAGAGAAAACAGUGCAACCCAAGGUCAAUUUGGAGAGACCAAUGGACUUGGAGGAAGAUCCUCAUGCGCCAGGAAGUAGAACUGUAGCAUAUGAUCCAGCCAAUUAUCAAACCAAAGUCACUGAUCCAACUGGGUCUGGUGGGGCGGAAAUUGAUAUUACCCCAGUUGAGAAAUCUUUUACCAAUAUGACUGUCCAAAAUCAGCCAAAACCGAUUCCAGAACCAAAAGUGCUUCCAGCCGUUGCUGAAACUCCAUACUCUUCACAAUCAAGCCACCACCAAUUUGAGCCAGUUCUGUCUGCAGCAACCAAAACUCACUACCCAUCUGCUGAAAGCUAUGGCCAGUACCGGCCAGAACUAUCUAGUGAAAUCAAAACCCAAUACCCCAAAAGUCAUGCUCAGUUUAUAUCAGAGUUGCCUACACCAACCAAUACUGCAGCAACCAAAACUCACUACCCAUUUGCUGAAAGCUAUGGCCAGUACCGGCCAGAACUAUCUAGUGAAAUCAAAACCCAAUACCCCAGAAGCCAUGAUCAGUUUAUAUCGGAGUUGCCUACACCAACCAAUACUCAUUACCCUCCAGCCAGAAGCCAUGAUCAGUUGAUAUCGGAGUUGCCUACACCAACCAAUACUCAAUACCCUUCAGCCAGAAGCCAUGAUCAGUUGAUUUCGGAGUUGCCUACACCAACCAAUACUCAAUACCCUUCAGCCAGAAGCCAUGAUCAGUUGAUAUCAGAGUUGCCUACACCAACCAAUACUCAUGACCCUUCAGCCAAAAGCCAUGACCAAUAUAGUGCAACAAAAUCCCAAUACCCUUCAACUGGAACCCAUGAUGAUCAUUAUACUGCAACAAAAACUCAAUACCCUUCAACUGGAACCCACGAUGCUCAACAUAUUGCAACAAGGACACUUUACCCAUCAACCGGAACCCAUGAUCAGUCAGUGAAAGAAUUAUUAACUGAACCUAAAACUCAACAACACUACCAUUCAGGUAAAAAUCAUGACCAAUAUUUGCCACAACACUCUAGUGCAACAAAUACUCGAUACCCUUCAGCUGGAAGCCAUGAUCAGUUUCUACCAGAAGAGUUUUCUACUCAACCAAAAACUGCACAAACCCACAACACCUCUUUUGAAGAACAACCUCAACAACCCUCAGAUCAAAGCAGUUACACAGAUAAAAUCUCCUCAGCAACCUCAGCAAUAGCCGAUAAAGCCGUCACGGCCAAAAACGCCGUCGCUUCAAAGCUUGGAUACGGCAACGAAAACGACAAUGAAAGACAUCAUGAAGAGAACACAAGUGCUGAAAAACCACUGAACCAAAGCAGUUACACAGAGAAAAUCUCAUCAGCAACAUCUGCAAUUGCUGAUAAAGCAGUCUCAGCCAAAAACACAGUAGCUUCAAAGCUCGGUUUUGGCGAGAAAGGUGACACAGAAGACAACAAGGUAACAACGACAAAUGAAGAUAACAGAAGAGAGAACAAUGCUUCUUCCCCUACAGAAUAUGGAAAGAGAGUUGCUUUGUCUUUGACAGAGAAACUAGCUCCAGUUUAUGGUAAAGUUGCUGGAGUAGGAAGUUCUGUGAAGUCAAAAGUUCCUGGAAGUGAAAGAGACAGUACUGGUGUGGGAAUGGAACAAGAUAAAGGGGUUUCUGUGAAGGACUAUUUGGUUGAGAAGCUGAGGCCUAGUGAUGAAGAUAGGGCUCUUUCUGAAGUGAUCUCAGAGACUUUGUAUAAGAAGGAACCAAUGGAGGUUACUGGGGAGGGAGAGGGUAGGGAUGUGAGGAAGGUAGUUUCUGAUGGUGUGCACAAGAGAGAAGAGGAGCCUGAGAGAAGAGUGGAUCAUCAUAGGCCAAUGGGGAAGGUGACUGAGUCAGAGGAAGUUAAAAAGAGGUUGGGGAGUGAGGAUGAGGAGACAGAGAAAAGGUAUGAAGAGAGCUAUGUGAAUAGCCCUGGGAAUGGUGUCCUUGAUAAGCUUAAGGGUGUGGUUGGAUCCUGGUUCACCAAACCUGGAGAGAAUCAAUCCUCACAAGAAGGGGAAGAUUUGUCUAGGAAUUAUGGGGCAGAAGUGGAACAUGUUAAUCAAGGUGCAGGAGAAAGAACACUACAGGAAUCAUCUAAUUGA